AUGGACCUUCAUAAACCUCUGUGCCUCUUCUUGUUUCUCCUCACUCUUCUCUCAAGCUCCCAAGCCCGCAAAUUCAACGUUGGUGGAAGCCAAGGGUGGGUUCCAAACCCUUCCGAGGGUUACAACAAUUGGGCUGGAAGAAACCGAUUCCAAAUCAAUGACACAAUAGUUUUCAAGUACCAGAAGGGUUCGGACUCGGUGUUGGAAGUGAAGAAGGAAGAUUAUGACAAGUGCAACAUGACCAACCCAAUCAAGAAGUUUGAAGACGGUGACACUGAGUUCAAGUUUGAUCGAUCAGGACCAUUCUACUUCAUAAGUGGAACAGAUGGAAAUUGUGAAAAGGGUCAGAAAUUAAUUGUUGUCGUUUUGUCCCCAAGAACACCACCUCAACCGCUACCACCGUCUUCACCGCCAAACCUUUCACCGCUACCACCGUCACCAAAACUUUCACCGUCUUCACCAUCGGUACCACCGAAACCUUCCCUUUCACCUUCAUUAUCACCAUUACCAUCACCAUCGCUACCACCAAUAUCUUCACCUUCACCGUCAACAAAGCCUAACCCACCAACCGUGUCACCAUCCAUCCCACCGUUUCCGGUGGUUCAACCUCCUUUAAGCUCUCCAACUCCAGCAAACGCUCCGACAUCGGUGACACUACCUCCGAUAGCGUCCCCAGCUUACUCUCCUCCGGCACCAUCGCCGCCACAGUCAGCGCCGUCGUCAUCGCCGCCGCAGUCAGCGCCGUCGUCAUCGCCGCCGCAGUCAGCGCCGUCUAAUUCAACGGCACCGUCAUCGAAUAAUGGUGGAUUUUCUGCGGCUCCUUCGAACGCUUUGGUGUAUUCCGUUACAAUUCUCGUUGGUACUGCGUUGUUCCGUCACUGA